GAGAAGUCAAAGCAAUUGUUGGAUUAGUGAAAAAACAAGAUUUGACUGUCAUCUCUGACCAUGAAAUUUCUGUCGAAAUUCCCAUUGUUUCAACCUCACAUGAACAAUUACAAACACUAAGAAUCCCAUAUUUGAUUCAAAUGGCCAAUACUGACAAUGAUAUCACCUACCCCAUUCACUGUAUUGCUUCAAUUCUCUCCCAUUUUCAAUGCCUCCCGAAGGUUACGAUCUUUUAUCAAAUCACAAACGAUCCUUCACUCUCACUCCAUCGUUUCUUCGAUUCGUUUUUACCUGCUGGCGUAGAGGUUGAGCACCGUCUCGCUCUCUCGUCGGCUUCCAAUCAAGAAAUAGUGAUUGAACAGGAAUUGACAAGGCUUAUGAACAACCAAAGGAGUAGGAAUUUUAUAAUUACACAGCUUUCUCUGGAGCUGGUUGAUCUUCUUCUAACAAAAGCAAAGAAAUUGAACAUGGUUGGAAAUGGGUAUACUUGGAUUAUCUCACAUGAAGUUUUUGACCUAAUUUCCUAUUUAGAUUCUUCUUCUUCCCUAUUGAGCAAAAUGGAAGGGGUUAUUGGGUUUGGUACUUAUUUCAAUGACUCAAGAAAGUCCUUUAAAAGCUUUGAAACAAAGUUUAAGAAGAUUUAUAGAUUAGAAUAUCCGCAAGAAGAAGAGCCAACAAAAGCAAGUAUCUUUGCCAUUCGAGCUUAUGAUGCAGCUCGUAACAUUAUCAGAGCCAUGGAAAGGUUGGGAGAUGAAAAUUUAAGAUCAAGUAGUAAACAACUAAUGGAUAAAAUUUUAGAGAGCAAUUUUGAAGGGGUUAGUGGAAUGGUGAAAUUCUCCAAGAAAAAUGGGAUGUUAAUAUCUGAAUCACCAAACUUCAAAAUCGUUAAAGUGGUGGAUCAAACCUACAAAGAGGUGGGUUUUUGGACACCCAACUUAGGUUUUGUUGAGAAUUAUGUGGAAAUUAUUAGUAAAACCACCACUAAAUUAGUUAAACACAGCAAGGGAAAUUUGAGAAAAAAUUUGAGUGUUGGAGAUUUGUCAAGGCCAAAGACAUCAUCGAGUGAAAAUUUCGAUAAUCAUCAUAGCAAAAAAAAGUUCAAAUUUGCAGUUCCUGAGGACGCAGCAUGCAAAGAAUUUGUUAAAGUGAGCCAACAUUUGAAUGGAAAUUACAUCACUGGAUUUGCCGUUACCUUAUUUAGGGCUGUUAUGAAUAAUAUUAACAUGUCAGAAUUCUCGGACUAUGAAUUGGUUCCUCUUAAGGGCACAUACAAUAAGAUGAUAGAGGAUGUCUCCAAAAAGAUUUUUUUUGGAGCUGUUGGAGAUAUCGGUAUAUUAGCACAACGCUAUAAACAUGUGGAUUACACGGUAUCAUAUUUAGAGACAGAGAUUGUGAUGGUGGUGCAACAAAAAGAUGAUAAAUGGAAAAAGAUAUGGGCUUUCAUGGGGGCUUUUCAACUUACAAUGUGGCUCUUAAUACCCACAAUGCACCUUUUUAUUUCCUUCGUUAUUUGGUUGAUUGAACGCCAAAAUAACCCAGAGUUGGAGGGUGUUGGAAACAUGUUGUGGUUUUCUAUUUCCAUCGUAUUUUACAUGCACAGAGAACCAGUGAAGAACGGGAUGGCUCGAUUGGUGUUAGGGCCAUGGUUGUUUGCGAUACUAGUGAUAACGGCAAGUUUCACUGCGAGUUUGGCCUCGAUGAUGACGAACUCUUGGCUUCGACCAUCAGUGCCGGAUGUCGAAACGCUGAGAAAGAUGGGCCAUAACGUAGGGUGCAACACCAACUCUUUCAUAUGCAGUUAUCUCGCUGAUACCCUAAAAUUUGACCCUGAAAAAAUAAAGAAGAUAGACUUGGUAGAUGAAUACCCAAAGGCAUUUGAGAGUGGUACCAUUAAGGCUGCUUUCUUCAUAAGCCCCCAUGCUAGGGUAUAUCUUGCAAAAAACUGCAAAGGGUACACCAAAGGAGUUUCCUCUUUCAAGCUAAGCGGCAUAGGCUUUGCUAUGGAAAAGGGGUCGGAGCUUGCUUCAAGGGUUUCGGCAUCAAUUGUGGAAUUAACGGAAACGAACGAGAUACCACAAUUCGAAUCCAACGUGCUUGCCUCUUUCAAUUGUUCUUCAAAUGGCAAAGGAGAUGGGGUGGGAUUAGGACCUGAGCCUUUCAUGGGCCUAUUCAUCAUUUGUGGCUCUAUUGCCUUUUUGGUUUUGAUAUAUAUGGCCUCUCAAUUCAUGAGAACGAUUCUGAAGUCCGUUUGAGCUUAGUUUUUCCUUUUCUUUCGUUUCUCCACCGUAUGUAAUCAAAAGUUACAUUCACAAUGUAUAUGUCUAUGUUAAGUUGAGCUAAACGAUUAUAAAUAAACCUUUUGCAAUUUUUUAAAUGAAA